AUGGUCGCAAUUGCGUGGUUCAAACCGGUGUCUCAGGAUGAAAAACAACCUCCGAUUGGAAGUGGGGAGCAUCAUCUGCUUGCUAGAGAUAUUUUUUCUUCACACCACCAUGCCAGUAAAAUAGGCGAUAACAGAGCUUGCACAAUAACCAUGUUACUGUGUAUGUUCACUUUAGUUGGUGUUAUGGUUUAUAUGCUCAUGCAACCAAUCAAUCCAUCUCAAGGUUUUCCACGGUUCCAUAAAGGUGAAAAAGGAAUUCAGAGCAUUGCUAAAGAGUAUAUCGCUUACACAGAAAAAUACAACAAGAGUUAUGCCACUAGCCAAGAAUCAUUGAAACGUUUGAAUGCUUAUUACACUACCGAGGAAAAUAUUGUCAACUGGAAUAAGCAAAAAGAACAUGGUUCGACUGUCUAUGGACACAACGAUAUGUCUGACUGGACUGAUGCUGAGUUCGAGAAAACUCUUCUUCCAAAGUCUUUCUAUCAAAGGCUUCACAAAGAUGCUGAAUACAUCGUCCCUGUCCCAGAAUCAUUAGCCGGAAUGAUCGGGGAACGUGCUGGUCCACUUCCAGAUUUCUUCGAUUGGAGAGACAGAAAUGUUGUCACCCCAGUUAAGGCUCAAGGACAGUGUGGAAGUUGCUGGGCCUUCGCUUCCACCGCCACCGUCGAGGCAGCAUACGCUAUCGCACACGGCGAGAGAAGAAACUUGUCGGAGCAGACUCUUCUCGAUUGCGACUUGGUUGAUAACGCGUGCGACGGAGGAGACGAGGACAAAGCAUUCAGAUACAUUCAUCGCCAAGGAUUGGCUUAUUCUGUAGACUUGCCAUAUGUCGCUCACCGUCAAAACAACUGUGUUGUCAAUGACCACUGGAACACUACAAGAAUCAAGGCGGCAUACUUCCUUCACCACGACGAGGACUCUAUCAUCAACUGGCUUGUCAAUUUCGGUCCAGUUAAUAUUGGAAUGUCCGUUAUCCAACCAAUGAGAGCUUACAAAGGAGGAGUUUUUACUCCAAGCGAAUACGCUUGCAAAAACGAGGUAAUUGGCCUGCACGCUCUUCUCAUCACCGGUUAUGGAACCAGCGACAAGGGAGAAAAGUACUGGAUUGUUAAGAACAGUUGGGGAAACACUUGGGGAGUGGAGCAUGGAUACAUCUACUUUGCCCGUGGUAUCAAUGCUUGUGGUAUCGAAGAUGAACCGAUUGGAAUUCUUGCUUAA